CAAAUAUAAACUACAAAAAUAUCCGCUACAAAUUCCUUGUUUUAUCUUUGGCACUCUUUUCCUCCACCACCCAAAAUGACGACAACCAUAACCAUCAACUUUCCGGCCACCUCCACAACCCACUAAACCACCACCACCACCACAUGACUCCACCGCUACCGCCACCACAAUCAUCCUUAACCAAACCCCACCAAAACCCACUUUCCGAUUUCAUUUUUUCUACUUUAUCCCUCUUCAUUCUCCAUUCCCCGAAUACCACAAAACAACGUCGUUUCAUCAAAUUCCCAAUCACCAUGCCGUUAACCACCACCACCAACACCACCAUAAACCGCCAUAACUUCCCAACCCCACAAUCCCUUUCCGAUUGGCUCAAACCUCGUCUCCCCUCUGACUCAUUAUCCACUUGGGGGACCCGACCCGGAACCAAAAACGUACAUAAUCUUUGGUUAGAACUCACUGACGGCGAAAUAUCACUUGCUGAUGCAACCCCACCUGUGAGAACACUUGAUGUUGUUGUCUUAAGAAUCUUGGAUGAUCAAAAUCGAAUCUUGAUUGAAACCCAUCAAGAAUUAUCAAAUGGGGAUACCCGAAAACGGUUUAGACCCUUAUCCGAAAAAAUGAAACCUAAUGAGACUGUUGAACAAGCUGUUUUCAGGGCAGUUAAAGAAGAACUUGGUUCAAUUGUAAUAAAAAGUGGUGAUGAUAAAAAAUUGGAUGAAUGUGUUAAGAUUAUACCCAAUUCGUAUUCGAGUAAAGUGGAAGAAAGGUUGUCGGUUUCGUAUCCUGGAUUGCCUGCUUGUUAUGUUUUGCAUAGUCUUGAUGUGAUUGUUGAUGGGUUGCCUGAUUGUGAGUUUAGUACUGAAGAAGAUGAUGAGUAUAAGGGUUUGGGGGCGGUUAAUGUGAACGCGGUUUCGUGUAAGAAACAUUAUUGGAAAUGGGUUGAUUCUGAUACCGUUUCGUCUUGAAAAUUGCAUAUGCAUUGGUGGAGGUGAGUUUGAUCCUUUUUUGUUUUUGUAAUUGAUGGAAAAGGUUGAAACUUUAUAUCUGUAUGAAGUUGAUUAUCUGUUACAAAUGAUGUCCUGAAUACUAAUGUUUGAUCCUUAGUAAAUAUGAUUGCCAUUGCUUCUUUGUUGA